AUGUCCAAACCAGGUAACUACAGCAGCCAGUCGUACUCCCCCAGCGACAAGAAACCGAUCAAGAGCGUCCCGAUCGAGGAAUCGGGAAACUUCAAGAAUAAGGAAGCCUUGGUUGGCCUCAAUGACAAGUUCAUCGCGCUGAUUGACAAGGUGAGAACCUUGGAGACUGAGAAAAAGAAACUUGAAACAAAACUGAAGAUCCUCAAGGAGCAGGACUACAAUGGGAAAAUCGAGGAUCUUGUGAAGCAGCUGGAGAAUGAGCUGGAGCUGCAGAUCGAUAGUUUGAAAAAUGACCGUGAAAAACUGGAGAAUGAGCUGCAGGAUACUCAGCGUGAGGUGGAUGAUACCAAGAAAAGGUAUAAAGACAAGGUGCAGAAGAGAAAUGAUCUGGAGAAUGACUUUAUUGUCACCAAAAAGGAAUUAGAUAAAGGUCACUUGGAGGCAGUAAAUCUGGCUGUGGAGCUCGAGGAACUGAUGAGAACGCUGGCCUUCCACAGGAUUGGCUAUGAUGAGGAGAUCAAGGAGCUGGAGUCACGCAUCUGGAAUGAGACAGUGUUCAUAGAUGUUGACAGUAAAUGCCCUCUUGAAAUGGACCAGAUCAUCAAGGCCGUUGAGUGUCAGUAUGCUAACAUGGCUGCCCGCGCCAGGAAGGAAGCUGAGCACUGGAACCAGAGAAAGAUUGAAUCCCUGGUCCAAACUGCGGGACAGCGUGAGCAGGAAGUGCGUGACGUAAGGAGGGAGAUUUCAGACUUGCUUCGUCUCAUCCAGAAGCUUAAUGGAGACCUGGAGGCUUUCAAAAGGAAGGAAGAUGCCCUGAUGAAGGACAUUGAUGAUGUUAGAAAAGAGGGUGAAGAUAAUCUGAGCAAAGCCCGGGAGCAUAUCACCCUGCUGGAAGAGGCCUUGAGACGAGCCAGGCAGGACUUGGCUUCACUGGUCCGUGAUCACCAAGAGUUGCUGAACAUCAAGCUGGCCAUGGACAUCGAGAUAGCCACCUACCGCAAGCUGCUGGAGGGCGAGGAGCAGAGAAUGAACGACCUCCUGCGCCAGCUCGACGUUCACCUGCCGUUGAUGCGACACGUGCCAGACAAAACAAAAGCCGCAGAACCGACCCCUGUCCCAGAUACCACACCCAUCAUUACCCCGGACACUACCACAAUCCCACCAGUGUCCCCCGCCACCAGGAAGCGCCUGCUGAUCCGGUUGGAAGUAGAAGGCGGCAAACUUGUGUCUAAAAGUUACCAGUACACUGACUGAUCAACUGGGACCGUCCAUCAUGCCUCUGUCUGCUGCACUGCAGCUUUACAGUGUGUCACCUUAACCAUGCAGGGUCACAGUGGGGCUUUUAGCCUUCCCAGCUGAUAUAAUGCCAGAGGCAGGAUGCAUCCUGGACUGGUCCAAUCCAUCACAGGCCUAUAUCCGCAAA